AAACAGUGGCUUUGAGUAGACGCGCGCGCCCAAAACACUGCAAGCUACAACCCAAGUGCUGCGCAUUGCGUAUGCAAACUGCAAAUUCGCAGAUUUGAUGUUUUGUUUCAGUGUUAUUUAGUGCGGUUUAUGUGCUUCGAAAAACCUCUCUUCAACAUUGUUCAAUCUGGAAACUUCCUCAUUAGAAAAAGUGAUCAUUAACAUAGUUUUUUCGGUGUUAUACUACCUUUUAUGUGCGCCGGUAGAAAGUGAACGUAAUCAAAACAUAAAUUUAUCUAAAUAAAAAAAAAGUUAAAACAGUGUAAGCAGGCUACGAAUAAAAAGUGAUUUGGCAGAAGAGCAAAUUCGUUCGACAAUCAAAGUUUACCCAAAAUCGCAACGCACCUGAAGUCAUUGACGUUUCGACUUACAGAAACAUAACGCCAACUUCUUCAGGGUUUCCUUGAAAAAAAGCCCACGGCGUCAUAUCUAUGUCCGUCCGAUAGCAGCGCCCUCAACGGCACCGGGUUUUUGCCUAACGAAAAGACCAGCAUCCGGCUUACAAGAUGGACAAGCUAGAGCUCGAGAUACGGAAGGAGAUCGAGGAGCUGAAUACGAGCAUCUCGCUCAUCGAUCGGCUCGGCUCCGACGAUAACACGAUGGACGACGAGAAGCAGGAAGAGCUCCUCGCUUCGACGAGGGCCGUCUUCGAGAACGUCAACUCGAGCCACGCCAAGAACAGCCUCACGGAUUCGCAGAUUUCGAUCAUUUCGAAGCAUGACGGCUAUCCGGACUCGGGACACUUUUACGCGACCCCGCAGACACCUCCCUUGGGAGAUGGUGGCGAUGAAAACAACAAACUGGCAACCACCGGCUGCAGCAGUAGCAGUGGUGCCGUCACAUCGAUGUCCGAUGGAGACAAGACACUCAGCAGCAGUGGCGGCCUCAGGGGAGGAGUUACCAGCGACACUAGCAGUAAGGAUACCACCAAAGGAAACUCCAGCGCAACCAGUUGUGCCACCAGUAGUAGUACUAAGGGCUCGAAAAAGAAGAGCAAAAAAGAGAAGAAAGCGGCGGCCGCAGCGGCUAAACAUAAAAUGGAAGCGGCUGCAGCAGCUGCCGCCACAUCCCCCAAACUGGCCGGCAUCGAUCAGUACUCCCCGAACGGAGGCAAUUCAUCCCUGGUCAGUUUUCUCUUUCCGCCGGGGUCGCCGAGACUCAAAAAGCGCACCCUACCAUCGACGGCUGUGCUCGGGGUGCUGCAGUUGAUAUUUAGCGUGACGCUGGCCGCCCUCGGAGGACUGGUGCUGGCUCGGAAUGCAUCCCUGGCGAUGGCCGGAACGGGACUGUGGUGUGGUGCCAUUGCCGGUAUAGCCGGUUCGCUCGGGCUCAUGAACGUAAAGAUGGCCAAAACUGGGUUCCUGGCGGUCAACUUGAUAUGCGUGGCCAGCAGUACCUUGGGUCUGGCCCUGACCGGCAUCGGCGCGGUGCGGGAUGCCAACAUCGCUCAGACGGAUGAGUCGAAUUGGGACGCCGUGACCGCCGGUUCCGGACUGUUGAUAGCGCUCGCCCUACACUUUCUGGUCAGUGUCUUCUCCGUUUACUACUCGGCGCUGAAGCUGUGCUCUCGGCCCACCCACAAAUCCCAGCUGAUGGAGAACGUCAUCAACAGCAGCAGCUGUGGCCAACAUCCCGGCUCUCAGGCUUUCAUGUCCCAGCAAAAGGUCGAGGACUACAUCAACUCGCUCCAGAUCGAUCCUUCGAUCAAGGACAUGAUGUACGCAUCGAUGAUGAAAAAUGCCGGCGGCAAUCCACCGAUGGGAGGUUCCGCUUAUGCCGGUUCCACACUGUUGUACGACAAACAUCACCAACAUCAGCAUCAACAUCACCACCACCACAACAAUAGUCAGCAUCGAUCCGAUAUGGUCAGCAAUGGAACCGGAACGGUUCAAGCUCGGCCAGUCAUGUUGGUUCCUGCCGGUGCCGGAAAUGGGUUUCCGCCAAUGAUGCCGAUGUAUCCGGGUCCUCCCCCUCCUAUGAUGUAUCCUCCGAACCUGAUGCCACCCGGGGUUUCCCCCUAUCCACCGCCUAUGUACCCGGAGAGUGCACUGCUGGAGGCCCACCUAGCACGAGUAGCCAACCGGAGACGAUCGAUACGGACCAAUCCGGAUCAAACGUUGACGAUGGAGGAGAUUCAGCAGCAUCAACAACAACAGCAGCACCACCAUCGGCAACGGAGUGAAAUGCACCAUCACCAUCAACAACAACAACAGCAGCAGCAACAGUAUCAUCAACAGCAGGAAAAGGAGAAAACUUUCACCUACACCGGACUGGAUCGGGACAUUGCCGACAGCUAUCUGGCUAAGGAAGAGGAAAAGCUAAACAAUAGUGGCAGUAUUGUGAGCACAACAGGGGGCCAAAUGCCACCAUUAGAGCAUCCACCAAAUGGCGAACGGAUCAACGAUCCCAGACAGGCUCCUCCGCUGACGUAUCACCACGAUUUGAUGCUGAUAGAUCAUCGACAUCACUUCGAGCGGUACAAUGACAUGCACAUAUAAACGAACGGAUGGGGGGGAGAUGUGAUUGUUUUGAUCAGCCAUUUCUACAGAUUGCAUUUGGUCAACACUGAUAAUAAAAACUCAUCAUGGUUUUAUCGGAGGCUUCAACAAACCACUAGAACGUUUCAAGACAUAAACAGAGGCAUUAACCAGAAGUUCUCAACUUGACUUCUACGUCCAAUCAAACGUUUAGUCUUAAUUAUUUGAAACUGUGAACUAACGUGGACAUGUCUGUUACUCCAAAUUUCUAAGAUGUCAACAUAACCGGUCUCAGUGUCAACCGAGCUGUUGUUGACAGUUUUCUAAAUCGAAACUGGAAGUUCGGUGAAAACAUUAAAUCCUCCUACAAUGUCUAUCCGAUUAUGUAUUUUAUGUAAAAAUAUAAGCAAACGUUAUUUUAAAGUUUUGCAGCAACGCAAUCAAAAAUUUCCAAAUUAUCUACUCUUAAAAAACGAAUAACAAAAAAGUUUCAUUAGCGCGUAAGUUAACUGUAAUUGGGACAAAAACAAACACUGCUCAAACUAAGUUUUAAAGUGACUCACGAACACUUCCACGAAACACACUAAUCACACUUGACUCCAACUUUCUAUAAGAUCUUGUACCAUAUAAUAGAAAACCUUCUCCUAUUGUACAUUGUUUCAAUUAUGUUUUAAAUAAAUUAAUAAAUUAUCGGUAAAGAAAA